AACCUAUUGACUUCUCAAGUCGCUGAAUUACGUACUGAAAUCGAGCAUCUCUCGGCCGAGUUAGAAGCGACAGGCUACGAAGGACUGCUCCAUGAAACUCGACGCUCUCUCAUGAUAUCAAUGAAGGAUGAGUACACAAAGAUGAAAAAUGAGCUGUUACGUCUCAGACUUGCUAAUCAUGCGUUACGCAUUCGCACCCGAAAUGCCCUCGAAACAUUCAAGCUGACGAAGCCCUAG